AUGAGUCCUCAGUAUUCGCUGGUAAAAGAUAAUAAUGCACGUAAUAGGUCAGAAAGCCAUGCUCCGUCCGAAGAUGAACAUACCGGGGACAAGCCCGAAGAACCACCUACGACAGAAAUCGCCUCCACAUCCUAUAUACUUGUUCUCGUCAUCCUGUACGCGGGCUUUGCAAUCUUCGCUUGGACAGUUGUCUGUGUCCUUACGGUUCGACCGAUAGGCACCAGCCACUACGGUAUCUGGAACAGCAAAACCUACUACGACUUCGGCGGGAGGUAUACGACCAGUGAGAACUGGUAUCGAGCUGCGCGUGUAAUUCAGUCGAUCACCAGUGUCUUGACCAUCCCAUUAACCUCAGCGGUAUGUUCCAGUGCAGCCGUCAUCUACCUACAGCAGUCGUCGCAGGCCAGCCUUCGCCAGUUGAUGACAAUCGCGGACCGGGGGUGGACCUCGCCCGAGACAUAUUACCGGCUUGUUGCUACGAAGACGGGCUGGAAACGCCAUGGAAGCGGGUUCUUGCUGCUUGCGAUCCUAUUGAGUAUCCUUGGGGGUUUGAUCGCCCCGCUCCAGCAGAUCUUCUUAUCUGCCAUCACAAUCAAAACUCCGACGUCGCCGCAAGAAAUUUCAGGCCUCUUCGAAAUCGCCGACAAGUUUGACGGGGACAGUUUCAGCCCAGAAAGUCGUGAUCGUGGUGGUACAAUCAUGGGGACCCGGAAACUCCUUGAGGCUACCUUGGCUGGACAGAAGCAAUCACUGCUGUGGCACGAAGGUGGCGACACGGCAGCAUGUAAUAAAUCAUCAUGGAAAUUCAAAGAGGGUGGCCCAUGUCCCAAGACGGGGGCAUCGCUCAAUGAAAUCCUCCAGCUGCAGAACCCAUUUCUGGCGCCACUACCGCCAGAGUUCACCACGGGUCUGUUGCAGCAGUUUCUCCCGCGGAUCAACUCGACUGCCAGCUGGCAGAAGAUUGACCACGCACAGUGGCCAGCUAACUGCGACCACAAUGGAGCGUAUCAGGUUCAAUGGUCCAACACCACUCACGUGGGUUACCCCAAGCCCUUUUUCUGGUCCCUCACAGCGUGCAUGCCCCCAGAUCUGCUUUCCUCUCCCUGGAAGCCAGUGAGGAAGCGACAGGACUUCACCGAAGAGCUCUACCUGAACAUUACGAUAAGCACACCUGGUCGAAUCGACAAGAGCCCAGGAAGUGUUCCUUUAGACUGGGGGGAAUUCCAUGAUAGCCCACCUGAGGGCUCACUGUUCCGAGUGACGAUGAAUACCACGGCCGGAUAUUUCGAGUUACCCAACUAUAUGAAUCAACAGACCGCUGGCCCUUUACUUGCUGAGGACCCGAAUGAAGCCUGUGGACCUCGGUGCAUAAACCAAGGAUUGCAUAGCAUCCGUAACCGAGAAAUCCUCAAUGCUCGAGGGAACUUCUCCUAUAACGCCCCAAAGACCCCAGAGCAAGUCUAUAAUAAAGGGCCUCUGUUUCUUACCACCCUGGCUCUUUUCGGUGAAGGGUCCUUUCUCCAAACACUCCUCGUGAGCAAUCCAUCUAUCUGGUACACUGGAUCCUGCGUCAACCUGUUCCCACUGGGUGGCUUUAUCAAAAUCAAAGAAGAGUGGGAAAAUACCCUGAGUCGCGCCUGCGUCGACCGCCACUAUGAGGAACACUCCGCAUUAUUCAACGCAGCCCUAUGGCUCGAGGCCCUGCACGGCCAGGAGGAUCCAAACAUACUCAGCAAUACAUUUACAGCAGCUGCCUACCUGGCCACCAUGGCGUGGAUGUCCGAUGAAACGUCUUCGUAUGACUUCGCGCCUUCGUAUAGCUUCGCGGUGUCAUCCGAUCUGGGCGCAAACACGGAAAAGCCCACCAUGUCCUAUGCUGGGGUUAUUGUCGUUUCAGUCCUACUCGCUAUAGACCUUGUGGCGCUUUUUGUUUUGGCUUUUUAUGCGAGUUGGUAUCCUCGCUGGACUGGGCUGUUGGAUUCAUUCACCAUGCUUCGUAUCGGGUCGAAGCUGGGGGAUCGGAUCCCGUUGAAAGUGGUCACAGACCAAGACAAUGUCACAGUGUUGGAUGAAAUUCCGGGAUGCGUACGGGACGUCACAUCGGAGAAAGAAUUUGGACAGGUAGGGUUGGGAACAGGGGUGCCAUUGCGUGGAAAGAGACGGUAUGAAUGUUAUCCCGCAGGACCCCGGGGGCGGGAAUGA